GACAGAAGUCUGCCAUGGGGAAAGCUGUACUUCACAGUCAAGCAGCAGCCAUCAAUCAUUUCUUCAGCCAAGAUCAGCUAUCCCGGUACCAUCAAGGAUGGCAGCGAGCCUGCUUGUUGGUUCAGUUUUCCAGGGAAAUACAAAGUUGGCUGGGACGCCUUGAUCAAGGAGCACCACGGUGACUCUGUUGCAUGCGUUUUCCUGGACAGCCAAAAGGCGCGAGGUAGCACCUGCCGACGACUCCGGAUGGUGGAGGUCACGGAGGAGGAGAUAAACGCAAGUGGGGUGAACAGGAUAUCACCCGAAAAGGAGAUUCGGGCCUGGCUGCAGAAUCUUGAGAAGGCCGUCGCCAAUGGGCAGCGACUGAAGGCUGUCUUCUUCCCAGGCCAAGUUGGUGAUGGCAAAGUUAGCAUGAAGCAGCUGCCCACAGCAGAACUCUGGAAUGGAGUCGGGUGCGGUGGAUCUCAGAAGUGUGAGCUCGCGACGGCAGAUGAGAGGAAGUGGGACUACGAUGAGCUCGACGUUGUCCAAUUCCUACGCGCGGAGUUUCCAGCUGGCUGCGAGGUUGAUGCCCAGGAUAUGCAUAAGACAGAAAAAGGAGAAAGUUGUCGGUGGGAGAGAUGUCGGAUUAAAUCUCUGAAGCGAGUGUCUGAUACGAAGGCUGACCAGGCAGAUAGGUUAGAGUGGAAAGUCGUCUCCCUCGUGGAUGGACGUGUCUUUGACACGAAGAGCAUACGACACCCAGAUCUGAAUAUCCAGCACUUGCUGGAGAGCCUGGGCCAGCUAACCGCAAGCUUUCUGGAUGGAUCGCUGCAUGAAGGCGAAGAUUUCUUGAAAGAGUCCCUGGCGUAUAGCGCUCCCGGCACAACGCCAACAGCAUGUAGGCAGACCGAGCUGCAGACUGGAGUGUCAGCACUGGAGAUAGACGUCAAGUGUGAAGACAACAUACAGUUACAUCACAAGCUUAGAGAUCGAGUCCUCAGUGGCCAGCUGGAGCUUGACUUUAACGACAGACUUUCGCAGAAGGACCCUUCUUGGCAGCUUCGGAUACACAAAUCAGAUUUCCUGGAAUCAUAUGAGAAGUCUCUCCUCAGCUUGACGGAGCUGACGCCACACCAGCAAGACAAGCUCGCAAGCCUGAAAGCCGCCAACACGCCUCAUGUCCACUUAUCGGCGCCUGCAGGUGCAGGCAAGACUUUUGUCGCAAUCCAGUAUGCCAUGGAUGUGCUUUCUUCCGACGAUUCCUCUUUGGUUCUGUAUGUGUCACCGACGAGAGCCUUAGGCUACCACUUCCUGCAAUGGCUGGCGGUGCGGGUGGCAGCUGGAGAGGAGCAGCUAGAGCCGAAGCUCAUUAACGAAAAGAUCCAGCAGUAUCUAUGCAGGAUGGUCUUCGUACAUGAUCCAUACAGCAAGUCUUGCCGCAAACACAUAGCCCUGAAAGAUGGUCUUAUUGUCGUCAAAGACACAAAUGAUCUUGCAGAGCAUUUUGCUCUGGCUGUUUUUGAUGAGGGCCAUAAGAUCUUCUGCCCGAGUGUGGACACGUCCGUUCUGGACCACCUGAACUGCGCGCGUACCCUCCUCCUUACAGACGAGGCUCAGUCAUCAUCAGUGAGGCAGAGCUUUCCUGAUAUGCCAGUCCAUAAGCUGACAGAGAUUGUCCGGAGCACCAAACGCAUCGUGUCCGGUGCCAGGGCCUUCAGAGUCACCAAAGACAUGAGUGAGAAGGUUAGCUCUCUAGGGAGUGACGGUCCACCUCUGAAGACAUUUGUUUUCGAGAAGGCUGAUGACAAGUAUGAGACUUAUACUCGUCAUGUGAUAGCGGCCAUCUGGCACGCAGUGCAAACAUAUCCCGACAUCAGCCUCCACCGUCGCCUUGCUCUUCUGGUUCCGAACGAGGGAUUUUGCAACCAGCUGAAGCCACUACUGACAUCUGCGUUGCGCAAAGAGCUUCCGCAUAGGUCCAUGCAUCUGAUUUCUUUUGAAGAAUCUCUGCGUCAAGUUCGCUUGUGGAGCAUGCACUCGCAUGCAGAAGAGCACAUGGUGCUCGACUGUGUGGAGAACGUAGAUGGCCUGGAGAAUCUGAUCGUGAUCUGUAUUGGUCUCGAUGCGCCGAUUGCAGACGAAUCUGUUGAUUUCAAGACCCGUGUGCGGCUUUACAGGGCCUUAACAAGAGCACAGCUCUUAGCCAUGGUUGUCAAUGAGCACAUCCAGGGUGGAUUCCUCGAGUUUCUGGAUGUUGUGAGGUUCCGGCAAGAAGCACUUUCAGUGCGGGAUGUAGCUCCCCAGUUUGCUUCCGCAGCUGCUGUUCAUAUCCAGAGGCAGGCUGAAGAGGCUAUCCUAAGCGUGCACAGCAAGCCGGUCGAAGCAGCAGAGGAGAGAACCGGUACAGUUGAUGACGUGCAAGGCCGUGAUGAUGACAUGUUUGAUAUACAGUGGACCACUGAGGCAGAACCAGAUGACGAUGCCGAGCUUGCGCUAGAGAUACAAGAAUCCCGUGUGUGGGACACCACAGACAACGCCAAGCCUGCCUCCAUCUACGAGCUCAAGUUCAACCCUUUGGCGGAGUCUCCCAAUGUACAGCCAGGAGGACUACAGCUCAGGGGCAGAAGCAGUGAACCCCGAGAGGGGAUGCUGUACUGCACCUUCAAGGAACGGCCAGCCUUGCUUGCCGCGCCUAACAUCAGUCAUCAUGGAAGCAUCAAGCCCGAAGCGGAUGUUUGCUGGUUUUCAUUUCCGGGCAAACACAAAGACGCGUUUGAUAAUUUGAUAGGACUGCAUCAUGGUGACUCCGUCGCUUGUGUCUUCCACACCUCUGCAGCGGACGGUCUUGGUCGGCAUCACCCAGACCCGGCGAGUCCGGAUAGGUCAUGCUAUUGCAGGCGUAUCUAUGGCGAGCGGAGCUUCCAGACCUUGGGCUAUCUUGUAUAUUUCGAUUAUUUCGAUGAUGAGGACAGAGGGCGGCAGGAGUUAUAUGCCAGAGCCACCAAUGCUGUGCUGAUCCACAGAAAUGCAAGUCAGACGGAGAAAAUGGAGGCUAGGCAGCAGGCCGAAAGAGAAUGGCAGAUGAGCGGGGGUGUAGCUGCCUGGGGCUGUGAAUGGUACCACAUGUGGCUUCAGAAUGUGGAGGCAGCAGUUGCAAGAGGGCAGCGUUUGAAGGCCGUGUUCUUUGAGGGGCAAGUUGGCAGAGGCAAAGUGGACAUGGAGGAUUUGCCAACUGCGAAUCUUUGGGAUGGUGUGGGUUGCGGCGCCUCGCAAAAAUGCGAAAUUGCCACCGCUGAUUUUAUGGGUUGGGAGUAUGACGAAGUUGACGUUGGCUCAUACAUUCCCCACUGGCUGUACAGUGGAUGCCCUGGAUGGGGCAGCCUGGCGACAGUGCCAACUCCUGUGGAGAACAUGCUUGACCGCAUUGGUGGGGACCUGAGUCGUUCAGCUGUGCAAGCCCAGAGGUGUAGCGACCACCUAUCGGAGAUGAUUAGUACUUGCCUCAACAAGAUAGAUGUGGUGGAACUGAAGUCCUGCAGGCUGUUGAGGGGGACCCCGGCUCUUGGCGUGCGCGUCCGAAUCAGAGACGUGCGUGGGCUCCAAGAUUUGCGGGGCAGGGUUUUUUGUGAUGAGUUCGACACCCAGCUAAAUCGGCAAUUGCAGCAACAUGAGGAGUAUGGCUUGCAGGUGGACACGGAUUGUUUUGUUGAGCUGUAUGAACAGAGCAUGCAUAGCAUGGCAGAGCUUACUCCGCACCAGCGUGCACAAAUCCAAGAAAUUCAUGGCAGGGAUGUGCACCUUUCAGGCCCGGCGGGUUCGGGAAAAACUUUUAUUGCUCUCCAAUAUGCGCAGGAUGCGCUAACAUCGGACUCUUCUUCCAGGGUCCUCUACAUCUCACCUUCUGUUGAGAUGGGCUACCACUUCGUGCAGCGGCUUGCAUCCCGCCUCUGGCGACUGGGUGAGUCAGAACAGUCAGAACAUCGCAUGCAGGAUGUCAUCGCGAGAAUGCCGCUGCUGCAUCGACCUUACACAACCCUUUUGCAGCCGCACGUGCAAGAGGACCAGGUCACUUUUGCAGAGGUGGCAUUCGUUCCCAAAGAGACUUUUUUCGAGCUGGUCAUCUUCGAUCAGGCCCAGGAGACUUUCCACCCAGAGGCAGAGGGGGAGCUGUGGCAGGCCGUUGCGUCGGCCCGCAAGCUGCUGCUGUCAGACAGUGUGCAGCGGGUGAUGCUGACGGAGGUGUUGCGCGGCACCAGAAGACUUCUUGCAGGAGGUGCGGGGUUCCGAUUGGCUUCAGACAUGGAGCCAGCAGUCCAAUUUACAGGCGCAGAUGGCCCUCCACUGAAGACUUUCAUUUUCGAACGUGAGAGCUUCCCAGCCUAUGCCGUACACGUGUUGAAGGCUCUUGAGUUUGUGCAAAAAACAUGCAGAUUCAGGCGGCAGCACGGUGUUGUCGUGCUCACACGUGACGAGGUGUUUUCCAGGGCUCUCAGGCCAGCUCUUGACAGAAUCCUGCGCCGGAGCCCUCUGCAUCGGCGGGUGCGCCUCGUGUCCAUGGCGGAAUCGUUUUGGCAGGGAUGGUCGGAGGAGUGCGUGAUCCUGGACUCAGUGGAGAAAGCAGCCGGCCUGGAAUUCCUUGCCGUUAUUCUGGUUGGGCUAGACUGUUCCGUGAGUGACAUCGAAAGCCGAUCCGUUUUGUAUAAGGGAAUAACACGCGCUCAGUUCAUGGCAGUCAUCGUGAACCAUCUCCUAGCAGGGGGCUGGCUGGAAUCUCUGAGCAAAGCUCACAUCUCUGCUUCUGGGGCGUAG